AUGUCCAGAACCAAAGCAAAGUUCUAGGGUUUUAUUUAUUGAGAUCGGAAUCACUGUGUUUCAGAUUCGAGGGGCCGAUUUUCGCGGUUUCAGGAUAGAUUCCGAUAGAUCUCAAACCCGGAUCGGAAUCGGCACGAUUCGAGGCCCUCGAUACCAAGUUAACGUGCAAGGAUUCUCGAUGAGUACGUCAACGUUAACGGGCAGCCGCACGACCUAGACAAGACCAAAUAGAAUGACUACUGGUUGAAGCCGUGGAGCUUCAGAGCUCCAAAGUAAUGGAGGGCCAGGAAGAAGCCAAGCUCGAACUGUUCCUUCAAUGGUUACAGGCGAACAAUGUCGAAUUACGUGGUUGCAAGAUCAAAUACUGUGGUCCGAAUAUAGGUUUCGGUAUUUUUUCAUCUAAUGAAGUCGGUGAAGGGAUUCUACUUGUUGUUCCACUAGAUUUAGCGAUAACUCCGAUGAGAGUUCUGCAAGAUCCUUCAUUAGGACCGAAAUGCAGAGCAAUGUUCGAAGAAGGAGAAGUGGAUGAUCGGUUCUUGAUGAUUUUGUUGCUUACUGUAGAGCGUCUUCGUAAGAACUCGUCAUGGAAGCCGUACCUCGAUAUGCUCCCGACCACCUUUGGUAAUCCGCUUUGGUUCACUGAUGAUGAGCUACAGGAGCUGAAGGGGACAACAUUGUACCGGGCGACCGAUUUGCAGAAGAAAAAGUUGCAGUCAUUAUAUGAUGACAAAGUGAAGGACUUGGUUAAGGAACUUCUACUUCUUGAUGGGGAUUCAGAAAGUGAAGUGCACUUUGAAGACUUCCUCUGGGCAAACUCUAUAUUUUGGACUCGUGCUUUGAACAUUCCGUUUCCUCGUACCUAUGUCUUUCCCCAAAUGCCCGAUGAACAAGAAAAUUGCUGUUCCAUUGAGGCACAAGUUCAGGAAAAGGCUGAAAAAAGCUGUGGUGUUUCUGGGGUACAGAACGGAACUGCUGAAGAUACAUCACCUUCAACACAAGGAGAGACUGUUUGGGUUGAGGGACUUGUUCCUGGAAUUGAUUUCUGUAACCAUGAUUUGAAAGCUGCAGCAACAUGGGAAGUUGACGGAACAGGCUUGGUAACUGGAGUUCCUACAUCUAUGUACCUCCUGUCUGCUGAUCAGAUUCCCAAUCAAACAGAGAAAGAGAUAUUAAUAAGUUAUGGCAACAAAGGAAAUGAGGAGCUACUGUACCUCUAUGGAUUUGUCAUUAAUAAUAACCCAGAUGACUAUCUCAUGGUUCAUUAUCCAGUAGAGGCCUUUCAGAAUGUUCCAUUUACUGAAACCAAAGCACAGCUUCUUGAAACACAGAUGGCUGAAAUGAGGUGUCUUCUACCCAGAAGAUUGCUGGACCGUGGAUUCUUUUCUACAGUCCCCCUGCAAGAUGAAGCCAGUGAUAAAUGCCAAAGUAGCUGGGACUGUGCAUAUAGUUGGAGUGGUCAACGCAAGAAGCCCUCUUAUUUAAAUAAGCUGGUUUUCCCUGAGGAAUUUUUAACUGCCUUACGGACCAUAGCCAUGCAAGAGGAGGAGCUUCUUCGUGUGUCAGCAUUGCUGGAAGAGCUUGGAUCUGGUCAGGAGAGGCAGCCAUCGGCAGCAGAAGUUCAAGCAGCAGUGUGGGAGGCUUGUGGGGAUUCUGGAGCUCUGCAGUUGCUUGUUGAUCUCCUUCAUAUGAAGAUGAUGGAACUUGAAGAAGGUUCUGGAACAGAAGACUUUGAUACUGAACUGCUUGAAAAGGCCCACAUCAUGGAAAAUCUGGAAGAGAAGCAUAUUUGUGGUGUGGUUGAUUGAGGGUAAAACAUCCAACUCUAUGACCAGUAGUGUCCCUUGGAGGUAGGAAUUAAAUGAUUGACCAAGAUACCAUCACCUUUUUUUCUUUUUUAAAUAACAUAGAGGAAACAAAAUUGGAAAUUAUUUUUGAACUUUUUUUUUUCCUGACCUUUUAUACUUUUCUUUUGCUUUGAAGACAAUUUCUAUAAAAAAAAAUAGAGGCUUUAAAUAUGUCAACUAUUUUUUUCUUCAUUAAAAAUGAAAUUCAUGUUCAGCAUCUAUAAGCUAAACUUUGCCUUUCACAAGAUUUGAGCAUUUCCAUUUAAUAGAGUGCUACACAGCUACUAGUUUGGUACAUAUGUUGGCAUUUGCAUCUUUGUCCCGGUAGUAGGUGGCGAUUGAUUAGGUUGGUGAGUGAUCAACCCAGUCUGUCCAUGAAGUUGGAGAAAUGCCUACCUUAUCUGGACUUGUCCAACUGGCCUGGGCCUGACCUGGCAUUUUCCUUCUGCCUGACAUUCAAAGUCCAGGAGGCCCACCUGGAAUAUGGGCUGGCUUGUGCUGGCCCUUGGGUCUGCUAGAAGAAUACAGAUUCUAUUUAGUGAACUAUUUUUGGUUGGUUUUUGUACUCGCAUUU